GGACGGACCACUUGGUGUCACACCAUUUGCUGUCCGACACGCUGAGUAGUGUAAGAACAUAGGCAUUGCUGUAAAUUAGGGUUUUUUCGAAAAACUGUAUUGUGAGAACUUUUGAUGGACUGCAUGGAGCAGAAAGAUACAGAAGCGACGGCGCCGUCAGUUAUCGACCGAUAUUACACGCGAUGGUUCAGAGCUGAUAUGAAGGGGAAACCGUGUGAGGACCAUUGUAUCCUGCAGCAUUCAAACAGACUGUGCGUUAUCACAUUAGCGGAGACUCACCCGAUCCUUCAGGAUGGGCGAACAAUCAAAAGCAUCAAUUACCAGAUCAGUAAUUGCUGCAGUCGGUUGAACAAUAAAGUGUCUGGGAAGUCCAAGCGGGGGGGUCAGUUCCUUACUGAUUUUGCACCUCUGUGUAGGAUAACAUGCACAGAUGAAACUGAAUACACAAUUUACAGCUGCAUCCGGGGCCGUCUUCUCGAGGUCAAUGAGAGUAUUUUAGAAACGCCUUCUCUCUUGCUGAAAAAGCCUUUCACUGAUGGAUACAUCGCCGUCAUCUUGCCGAAGUUCGACGAAAGCAAGAGCAUAACAGCGAAUCUUCUGAGCAGAGAGGAGUUCGAGAGUGUUGUCUCCAAACGCACUGUUGCCCAAUCGCAACCAUCAUGACCGAGCUCCACGUUCUUGCCUUUUUAAGGUUAAAACCGUUCUGGUACUCCUACCACGUUGGAAGACGAAGAACGUUAUCCUGGAAAGAGACACUUGCAUGUUGUCACUUCAAAAGGACUAUUGCGUAUAAUGCAAGCUGUUCCUUUAUACUUAAAUUGUUAUUCAGUUUUUCAGAAAUGAAGGAAGCGUUCGAGUUCUUUUUUUAUUUUAUUUUAUAAUUUGGAAAAAGAGGACAUGACAAAGUAUUUGUUUAAUACCCCAAACUAAUAUUCUGUGUAAAUUAUUUUUCUAGAAUUUCAAUAAACACAAACCGUGAUUUAAGAAAAA